AUGCGCGCGACGCCACAGUUCGCUGCUGCGGCGCUGGACUGGCAACAGGUUAAGCCAAUGUAUUUAGUGUCCAUGUAUCCGGGCCCGUUUGGCAUGGCCUUGUCGCAGACGACAACCACUUCACUGUCCGCCGAACUGGACGCGGAAAUGAGCGCUACCAAUGACGACAGUCGCAUCAGCAGCGACAGCAGCAGCAGGGAAGACAACAUUCAAACCGCUGAUGAACGAGAGCCAUUGGUGUUGAAUCUGGAGACGACGCCGCUGCUGGAUAGCAUGCUGCCCGAAGGGGCUAUGGCUAUGGAUCGCAUCUUUGGCGGAGAUGUGGGCAAUCCGCACUGUUUUCCCUACCAGGUGGGCAUGCUGCUGCAGCGUCCCAAAGGUCUCUACUGGUGCGGCGGAUCCCUAAUCUCCGAACAACAUGUGCUAACCGCAGCACAUUGCGUGGAUAUGGCCAAACGCGCCUUGGUCUUUCUGGGCGCCAAUGAGAUCAAGAACGCCAAGGAGUCCGGUCAGGUGCGUCUUAUGGUGCCCAGCAGCAAUUUUCACAUUUAUCCCACAUGGAAUCCCAAGCGUCUGAAAGAUGACAUUGCAAUAAUACGCCUGCCACACGCGGUUAGCUUCAACGAGCGCAUACAUCCCAUACAGCUGCCAAAGCGACAUUAUGAGUAUCGCAGCUUUAAGAACAAGCUGGGCAUUGCCUCCGGUUGGGGUCGCUAUGCCACAGGAGUGCAUGCCAUCAGUAAUGUGCUACGCUACGUGCAACUGCAGAUCGUCGAUGAUCGAACUUGUAAGCGCAACUUUCCGCUGUCCUUUCGUGGCACGAACAUUUGCACAAGUGGCCGCAAUGCAAAGUCCACCUGCAAUGGUGACUCGGGUGGACCGUUGGUGUUGCAACGGCGUCACUCGAAGAAACGGGUGCUGGUGGGGAUUACCUCGUUUGGCAGCAUAUACGGCUGUGAUCGCGGCUAUCCAGCGGCCUUUACCAAGGUGGCCUCGUAUCUGGAUUGGAUUAGCGAUGAAACGGGCGUCCACUCACAUCAGGACACCACGGAGGCCAUUUUCUUUGAUCAAUACAUCAAGAACUAUGGCAAGGAGCGACACAAUCGCAAGCUGCGACCCGAGCAGAACUUUGACGAUGAUCUGCCCGAUGAACUGGACGUGCAUCAUCCGCGACUCCAAUCUGAUGAGAGUGAGGAUGCAUCCGAAGCAGUCAGUCGACGGCCUCAUUCAAAACCCAAGUCCGAAAAUAAUUAUUAUUUCUUGUAGCUUCAAUUUCAGCAAGAGAAUAAACUUUUAUUUUAAGUUAAGCAAAGAUUUGUUGACAACGUUUAGUAACCCUUG